UCGUAUGACAUUUCGAAUUUGACCCUUGUAAAUUUACUGCGUGAUUGCAGGAUUACGAAUAUUAGUUUUAGUAUAGCCAAUUUAGUGUACAGAAACGAAAAUGUCGUUAUUUAGUGAUAUAAUACCGAUAAAUAAAAAUGAAGAGAAGAAAUCGACCAGCGCAAACCUUUCGCCCUAUCUUAACUUCGACCCGCACUAUAUACCGAAAAUGCAACCAGAAUUCUUAUACCCUGAUGAGAGCCACAUGGCUUCGACUGCGAGACGAUCGAAUGUCGCUUUACCCAUUAUCGGAAUGUCAUUUAUGUCAGGCUCAGGUUUAGGGGGUAUGGCUGGUCUCUACAAGGGAUUAAGAGCAACAACUCUGGCAGGACAAACGGGAAAAGUUCGCAGGACACAAUUAAUUAACUAUGUAAUGAAACAAGGCACAACAACAGGUUGUACUUUAGGUAUCUUAGCUUCAUUUUAUUCAAGUAUUGCCCUUGGAGUUACUUGGCUCCGCGAUAAAGAAGAUACCGCCAACACAUUCAUUGCUGCAACGGCUACUGGAAUUCUCUACAAAAGCACAGCUGGUCUCCGCUCAAUGGGCUUAGGAGCGGCUGCCGGAAUAACCUUAGCAGGACUAUAUACCCUAAUAACCGAUAAUGAUAAUAUAUGGAGUAAAGCAAGAUAUAUCAGAAUGUGAAACCGCCUGUUAGUCAUGUAAAUAAUAGAUUUAAUUGUUACGUUACAUCGUCAGCACCUAAGAAUCUUUCAAGUGUAUGUAGGAUUUAUUUAAACCAUGUCCUGUUCACUUGUCUAGUCUAGUGCAUCUGGAAUGUUAUCCUGACCGGUUCUGAGUCCUAUAUCGAGUCAGGAGUCAAUCCAAGCCAUUAAUAAAUAAAAGAAUUUGUUUGAAAA